AUGGCACAACGUGCAACGAAAGAAGAGACAUUGUCCAUGCCAGACUGGACUCUUCUCCCUGAAGAUCUUCUUCACGUUGUCUCGACACAUCUAGAGAACUUUUUUGAUAUUGUUCAAGCUCGAUCUGUUUGCAGCUCGUGGCGAUCCACAUUUGCCUUUCCUGCUUGCCUAUUACGCCCAAGUUACUGUCUUCCCUCGUUCGCCGAGUUCCCUUGCGUAAGCAAAGACUUGUGCAUCCAGAAGAUCCCUUUGUUCCUUUUUAUGGUCCAAACUUCUCCUGCAGCUUCUGAGUUGCUUUGUGAGUUUUUCCUGGGAGAAAUAGGCCGGGACAAGUCAGAGGAUGGUGUUGAGCUUCCAUCUCCUCCUAUUCAGUGCUCAGUGAAAGUGAAGAUCGAUCCAACCUUGAUGAACAUGCUCGACCGCCAUAUCUUCCCUUUGGGCCAUCAGUACAAAAUGAUAGGUUGGGAUCCUGGAAACUGGAGACAAGAUUAUAGAGGCAUGACUUUUCUUCCGUUAAACAAGGAGAGAAGAAGAGGAGAAUUCAUUGUGCUCCUCAACUACGCUAAACGGCUGUUUGUGCUAACAAGUGCUGAAAUGAGAUGGAUGCGGCUUAAGAGAUUCUCAGUUGCUUCAUGCAAAGAUUUAGUCACUUUUAGAGGUAGGUUUUACGCAACAUUUAUGAACGGGGACAUAUUCGUUAUCGAUCCUUAUUCACUGGAAGCUACUACCCUGUUGCCGCCCUCGGAGCUUCUUGCCUCUGUUUCAUGCGAGUAUCUAGUUCCAUCAGGCAAUGAUGAACUUUUCCUGGUUGAGAAAUUCCUCUAUUAUACUGGCGUGUCAAUUUUGAGUCCGUUCGCAUUAAGAGUGAGUAGGCUAGAUGAGGAGGCUGGUAAAUGGGUUGUGGUCACCGAAUUAGGAGACCGUGUGUUGUUCAUUAAUGGAGAUUUGGGAAAUGUCUGCUGCUCGGCUAAGGAUCUUCCAUAUGGUUGUGGUGUGAGUGGGGACUCAAUUUUGUUCACCAAUGAGCUAAGCGGUGUAAUAACUUGCUUCUAUAAAUAUGGAGGAGAUGAUAACUUUAAAUUUUGGAGAUACUCAAGAGAGAAUCAUGUGAAAACCCUCAGCACAUUUCCGGUGGAGGGCUCUCCAGGUUGA